CCGCAGAAGCCGAGUUAACCUCCAAGGGCAGGCUUUUGCGUCCAAGCCGCUCCACGUCCGUUGGUGACGGCGGGAGUAACUCCGACUAUGGUGACUUUGAGGUAAGCCGGAUUGAUAGAUGUACGGAGUAAGUCCGUGGAGCAGCCAUUAUAGAAGGCAUCAGUCCGCAAAGACAGCUAUUUGGUAGAGCAAAGCUCAUUCCUUGCUACCACUUCAAUUCCCGCAGCACUUCAAGUAUCUAUUCACAACCUACCGAGAUGGCCACCCGAACCGCCAUGCAAAGACUCGACCCGAAGAACAUGGUGUAUCGAUUCUUGGGCAACACCGGGCUCAAGGUUUCAGCCUUGUCCUUUGGAUCAUGGGUAACAGUGGGCGGACAGUGUGGGUAUGAGACGGCGAGGGAUUGCAUGCAGGAAGCGUGGGACCACGGGGUCAACUACUUCGACACGGCGGAGGUCUACGCAUCGGGUGAAUGCGAACGGGUCUUCGGCCAAAUCCUCCGUGAGCUACAGUUCAAACGCAGCGACAUGGUGAUUUCCACCAAGUUGUUCUGGGGCGGCUCAGGGCCCAACGACACGGGCCUCUCGAAGAAGCAUCUCUUCGAGGGGAUGAGUGCCUCGCUGGAGCGGCUGGGCUUGCCCUACGUCGACAUCGUCAUGGCACACCGUCCCGACCGCCGCACGCCCAUGGAAGAAAUUGUCCGGUCCUUCACGCAGAUUGUCAACUCCGGCCAGGCCCUGUACUGGGGCACCUCGGAGUGGAAUAGCCAUGAUAUCGAGCGUGCGCAUCACAUGGCUGCGGUGCACAGUCUCAUCCCGCCCGUCUGCGACCAGCCGCAGUACAAUAUGCUUUGGAGAGAGCGAGUGGAGGGGGAGCUGCGACCUGUGCUGGAGAAUUAUCGGUACGGGUUGACGAUAUGGUCGCCCCUGGACAAUGGAGUGCUUACGGGCAAGUACAACGACGGGAUUCCGGCGGGCUCGCGUUUUGCGGCUACCGAUGCAGCAGCGUCUGACAAGGCCAAUAUGAUUAAUUUUGGGAAGGCUUUAUCCUCGCCAGAAGGGAAAGCCAAGCUUGAAAAGGUUCGCCGCUUGACUGAGAUUGCGACGGAGCUUGGGUGCACGACAGCGCAGCUUGCGCUCGCCUGGUGUCUGCUGAACAAGACUGUGUCGACAGUUAUUACAGGUGCAAGCCGGCCUGCCCAGGUGACCGAAAACAUGAAAGCCCUCGAUGUGUAUAAGAAGAUUGAGAGCACGCCGGGCAUAGUUGACAGGAUUGAAGAUAUCCUCGCCAACCGGCCAGCGGAGCCAAAUCUGUGGGGGCGAUGGGACUAGAUAGUCACUGUAUCUUCAAACAGAUCUGGAGGUUAUGUUUAAGUGUUAACUAGUACUACAAGAACUUUAUAUUUGGUGUAUAACGCAGAUACUAGUAUCUUAUUGAAUGUGUAGUACGUUCAAUCUAUACAAAUGGAGAACGUUGGUGUGGAAAUAUAUACUUGGUGUAUUACGAG